AUGUCCACUAUCCCAUCCUUUGACGAUCUUCCCCCAGUCCCAGGAUAUCCUGAUAGCAGGUGUUCCUGGGGAAUCUUCGAUAGAGAUGGCCAGAAAGACCUCUACGGAACACUCAAUUUCAUCACCCCUGACAUCGUGAAGUCGGCUGCCGCACAGAUCCGCGACGGUAUCUCCAUCUCGCUGAACUGGCCGCUCGGGGGCAUAAAAAUUCAAGGAUUUUUUCGCAAGCGACUUGCUCACAGUGUGAAGAAAUUGGACGACCCAGCCGGGAAAACUUUUGCAUUUGACGAUGAGGUAGAAUUCAAUACCCAAUCCAGCAGCCAGUGGGACAGCCUUUGUCACUUCCAGCACCUCCCCUCCGGUCUAUCGUAUAACGGCAGCAAACCAACAGUUGAGGCCCUCGAAAGAAAUGACACGCUUCCCACCCUAAACCACUGGCACACCCGCGGCGGUCUCACCGGUCGAGGCGUCUUAAUCGAUUUCAAAACCUAUGCCGCCGCGAAAGGAAUUGAAUAUUCCCCCUUCUCAGCAUUCCGAAUGAGCACCGCAGAUAUCGAGGCAGUGGCAUCCUACCAAGGCACCACCUUCCACAAAGGCGAUAUUCUUAUAAUCCGCUUCGGAUUCACAGAGGCGCUGGGACCAAUGAACGGAGAAGAACAAGUAGCCGCGAUGAGCACACACCAGGCUUGCGGACUCGAAGGAAGCAAGGAUGUGGCGCGAUGGCUAUGGAAUCGACAGUUCGCCGCCGUUGCUACCGACAAUCUAGCUGUUGAGGCUAUCCCGCCUAUUAUUGAUGGGGUGGAAGGGUCGCCGACUGAGCUUGUGCUGCAUCAGUGGUGCCUUGGUCUGCUUGGGAUGCCACUUGGAGAGCUGUGGGAUCUCAAGGCUCUCGGGGAGGAGUGUAAGAGGGCCGGGAGGUAUAGCUUUUUCUUGACCUCGGUGCCGUUGAAUGUUCCCGGUGCUGUGGGUAGUCCGCCAAAUGCUCUGGCUAUUCUGUGA